AUGGGCAUCUCCGACAAUGACGUGCAGAAGCAACUCCGCCACAUGAUGGCUUUCAUCGAACAGGAAGCAAAUGAGAAGGCUGAGGAGAUCGAUGCAAAAGCCGAAGAAGAGUUCAACAUCGAAAAGGGACGUCUCGUUCAACAACAGCGUCAGAAAAUCAUGGAAUUCUAUGAGAAAAAGGAGAAGCAGGUUGAGCUGCAGCGAAAAAUUCAAUCCUCCAAUUCGCUCAAUGAAGGUCGUCUUAUGUGCUUGAAGGCUCGCGAGGAUCACAUCCGAAAUGUGCUUGAAGAAGCUCGAAUGAACUUGUCGAAAAUUUCUGGAGACCAAGCCCGGUAUCCUUCUAUUCUGAAGGGAUUGAUCAUGCAGGCUCUGCUGCAACUUCUGGAGAAGGAAGUAGUUCUGCAAUGUCGCGAGAAAGAUCUUCAGCUUGUGGAAAGACUUCUACCUGAGUGUAUCGACGCUCUUGAAAAAGAGUGGGGAGAGAGAAGCGUUGUAAAAAUCGACAAACAGCACUAUUUGUCACCAGAAUCUGCCGGAGGGAUAGAACUCUCAGCUAAAGGAGGAAAGAUCAGAGUCUCAUCAACACUGGAAAGCCGAUUGGAACUUAUUGCUAGUCAGAUUGUGCCACAGAUCCGCACUGCACUCUUUGGUCCCAAUCAGAACAGAAAAUUCUUUGACUAA